AUGGUAUGGUUUUGGUUCAAAGCAUCCAGCGUCCAGCCUGAGCCCGAGCCCGAGCCUUCAAGUAAAACUCUUCACAAAGCCCAGGUGGCAAGAGACACGUCUAUCGAACGAUACCAUAAUAAGAUCAGGGAUCUUCAAGAAAGCUUGGUGCUCGCCGAGCGAGAAGUGAACGAAGCGUACAGGGAAAACGGCAGCCUCCGGCGUGCAAACAGCACUCUCGAGCUGAAUCUCAACAAGGAGCAUGAGGUGAACAAGCAGCUUUGCCAAGAAAUUCAGGCUUCGGAAAAGCGUCAACAAGAGCUUCGCAAGUGCGCUGAUUCUGUGCGAAGUUUGUUGAAGAGAGCAAACUAUGAGCUCGAAAUCCUCAAAAUCGACAAAUACCGCAAAGGCCACCGAUGGAUCACCGCAGUCCAAAGCAACUGCCUUCUGUCUCAGCAGCGAGACUGGUUCCAAGCCACGAGAGACCAGGACAAGUCGGGCUACGCUAAGCUCCAGGCGCAGAAAAACAGGACGUUGUGGAGAUUGACCACAUCUCUCUCGAAGCUCGCACUUCAGAACGACCAGCUAAAGCUCCGCGUCAAAGAACUGAACAAGGCUUUCCAGACGAAGUUUGAGCCUGGUAUUGAGCUUGCCGUCGCAAGAGAGAAGCUUUCGGGAGCAAGACAGAAGAUUCGGGUUCUGGAAGCUGAAAAGCUCGCCCUCCUCGCCAUGGACAAGAAAGCCACUGACCUAGAGUUCUCACUGCGGCAGGAACUCGGGCAGGAGAAGACCCGAGCCUCGAGGUUGGAAGGUGCUUGGAAAGAUGCGGCGUGGUUGUUGGAUGGAGAUUGGCGAUAUGUGGAUAAACAGUCGCUACGCGGAAUUUUGAAGCCCCUUCUGAAAUAG